UGGGUCAUGACGCAACGAUGGAAGUGCACCAGCGGCGGCGCCUUCUCGCGUUUGGCAAUCCUAUGGUCGACUUGCUGAUGCAUGUAUCCAGCGAGUUCGUGUCGGCGCACGACCUCACGCACGGCGAAGCCGUUCACGCUCAUAUAUCUGCAGAAGGACGGCAGCGAUUGCUAGACGAAGUGUUGGCGUCUCCAGGAGUUACCCGCGCGACCGGCGGGUCUGCGCUCAAUUCGGCCCGCACCAUCCAAUGCCUGUUGCCGCCCAAGUCGUCGGUGUUUGUGGGCGCCGUGGGAGAUGACGCGAACGGACGAUUCGUCCACGAUGAGUCUACGAACCAAGGCGUUGACAUGCACCUCCACGUCAUACCCACCAUGGCAACCUCUACGUGCGUGUGCUUGAUCACACCCGACAACGAGCGCACGUUGGUCGUGCAUCGAGCAGCGCAUUCCCACUACGCCCUCAACGAUACCUUCCUUGACGUGUUGGCGGCCGUGGAUAUUGUGUACGUUGUCGCAUUUGGCCUGUCAUCCGUUCCUCGAUUCGACUGUGUCACAUACGCAGCGACGACGCUUCGACCCACCCAACUCUUUUGCCUCAACUUGUCCUCCACGAACCUCCUUCAGAACCAAGCAGUUGUCGAGCGCCUGCAUACCCUCCUGUCGUCAUGCCACGUCAUUCUCGGAAACGCCAGGGAAUUCCGAGCAUUGGCGUCGGCAUUGCAUAUCCCAGAAGUCGUCUCUCAAAUGCCAGCAUUUGCCCAGCAGAUUGCUACCCAUACUUCCAUGGCUCCCAAUGUCUUGCUGGUUAUUACUGACGCCCACAACCCCACUUGGAUUGUACAGUCUGCGUUCAGUGCGUCGUUCUCAGUCCAAACCAGUCAAGACAUUACAAUUCGCGACACCACGGGUGCCGGGGACGCGUUUGUCGGGGGCUUCUUCACGGGCCUCAUGUCGAAUUGUCAUGUGAACGAGUGCAUCGAGCUGGGACAUAUCUGUGCGAGGCGAUGUGUGCAGAACGUGGGGUGCCAAGUUCGUUUGACAGGCGACGAGAUGCACCGGUGCACUGCCAUCCUCCAAAGCCAGGCCCACGGAACCAACUCGCUGUUUGCCUCCGUACUAACCAGGAAAAGUCUAGUGUAGUAGUUUAAAUAUAUAAAUACUAUUGUGCUUUUCACCCAAA